AUGCACUCGAUCGCAAACUCUUCCGCGCCUGUAUCUCGGAGCGUAAGAGAUAUGCCCAACUCGGGCAGUGAUUCAGACGAUGACGACGACUUUGUCCCUGAUGCAGAGCCUUCGCACACUGCUGUGGUCCGCUCUGGGCUUUCGAAGCAGGGCAAAGAUGCGGUUGUCGCCACCGAUGAUCCAUCAGACUCGGACUCGGACUCGGACGCGGACGGAGCACACUCUGAGACGCAAGACAAGCCAGCAGGCGCCUCUGUUCGCGCUGCCGAACAGAUCGACGCGGACGAGUUGGAAGCGCUGCGAAAGGAACGUGAGGAGCUUGUAGCAGCAGCUGGUGGCGAGCAACGAUUGGGCAAGCGUAGAAGGCUGGCACACGUUUCCGAAUCAGGUGCGGACAAUCAAGUGACGAACGACAAUGAAGUGCAAGCGUUAAAAGCGAAAGCCGCCGCCGAAUGGGAGGCUAUCAAAGCGUCCGAAUCUGGUUCCAGUAUGAAUGAGCAAGUCACGCAGUCGACAGCAACUGGUGACUACGCUUCGGCUACCACAUUGGCAAGCACAGCUCGCCAAGAGAUGGUCUCGAUUCCGACAACGUACAAGUUUGCGGGCGAGCUACAUACAUCGAUGCGCUUGCUACCCCGUUCGCACCCAGAUGCGCUCAAGUAUCUCUCAUCCCAAAUCGCAUCUCCCACUUCCACUACGAGCAGUGCACCCGCCCCUUCUGCAUCCGCAUCUGCACCACUCCCGACAUCACCAGCAUCUACAUCCACAUCCAGCUCACCUUCGCGUCCACAACCAGCACGCCCCACACCGAGACGCAAAAAACCCUCGUCGCUCUCCGCCCUCUCCGCCGCCGCCACAACUAAGCCGACCAAACUCAACACACUCGAGAAAAGCAAGCUCGACUGGGACACUUACAAAUCCGACCACUCCCAACUCUCACAGCAAGAACUCGACGAACUGGAACACCAGACCAAACGCGGUGGCAAAGGACUGGGUGAUAUGAAAGGCUAUUUGGAUAGGAGCGAUUUCUUGGAUCGAGUAAAGAACCGUACUGCUCAGCCGUAG